AUGAAGCUCGAUCCCAAGGCGAUCCGCUAUCUUACGUCGGAGGAUUUCCGUGUGCUCGCAGCAGUCGAACAAGGCAGCAAGAACCAUGAAGUCGUACCGACACCCUUGAUUGCCCAAAUCUCCGGCCUGCGCGGCGGUAGCGGCGUCAACCGUUCGAUCUCAAAUCUGGCAAAGACCAACCUCAUCGCGAAGGUGAAAAACGCGAAGUAUGACGGUUACCGACUGACCUACGGCGGUCUCGACUACUUGGCUCUCAACGCCCACCAAAAGCAAAAAUGCAUCUACUCUGUUGGCAACCAGAUCGGUGUCGGUAAGGAGUCAGACAUUAUAGUCGUUGCCAACAACCAGGGUACACAGCGGAUUCUGAAAAUUCAUCGACUCGGUCGUAUCUCGUUCCGAACUGUCAAGACCAACCGCGACUACCUACGGAACCGGAGCACGGGAUCAUGGAUGUACAUGUCGCGAUUGGCCGCUAUGAAGGAAUUCGCCUUUAUGAAAGCGCUACGCGAGAACGGCUUCUCAGUACCAGAACCAAUCGCGCAAAACAGACAUACCAUCGUGAUGAGCUUGAUUGAUGCGUUUCCGCUCCGACAGAUUUCCAAGGUUCCGAACCCAGCCCUUCUCUACUCCGAGUUGAUGGAUACGAUUAUGCGAUUGGCGCGCUAUGGCCUGAUCCACGGUGACUUUAAUGAGUUCAACAUUCUUAUCAAGGAGGAAGAGGACCCGGAAGCGAAGGGGAAGGGGCGCGAGGGAGAGGAUGACGACGCCAACCUCAUACUGACCCCGGUCAUCAUCGAUUUCCCGCAGAUGGUGUCGAUUGACCAUGCCAAUGCCGAGAUGUAUUUCGACCGCGAUGUGAACUGUAUCAAGCGGUACUUCCAGCGGAAGUUCCACUUCGUCAGUGAUGUACCGGGGCCUUUCUUCGCAGACGCCAAGAAACAGAUGACCAAGAACGCUGGGAAGAGGCUUGAUGUUGAAGUCGAGGCCUCUGGAUUCUCGAGGAAGAUGGCGCGCGAGCUUGAGAAGUAUAUGAAGGAAGUUGGUGUCGAUGGGGAUAAUGGGGAAGAUAAGAACGAGGGUGCUGAGGAUGAGGGGGAAGAGGGGUCAGAGUCUGAGGAUGACUCUGAUGCGCAUAGCGAGACAGACACAAAAGACGAGGGGUCAGAUAAUGCCCUCGAUGAGAGUUCUCAGAAGCUCAAGGACUUGCAUGUGUCCCGAAGCGGCCAACCGCGCAAUUCCAAUCUGCAAAAGUUCCGCAAAUCCAAAAGACCGCCCGAACCUCCCCAUCACCGACGAACCCCCAAUAACACCUCUCAAACACCCUCACCCCCUCAAUCCGGACCCGAUACCGCCAAUAUGGUCCGCAAGUGGUCCAAAUUCCCCAAGAAGCCCGCCGGCUGGGUCUCGCCCAGCGCACCACUCUCCGAGCGCAAGCAAAUCUACCUCCCCGACUUCACAAUCGCCCUAGUCCGAACACCCUUCCUCCCACCCCGCUAUGCCUCCUUUUACGUCCCCUUGAACUUCAACAAGCUCGACCUGCGCGACUACCUGCAGCGCCUGUACGGCGUUGGCGUCCUCAGCAUCCGCAGCUACGUCGAGCAGCAGAAAGUCACAAGACUCAAGUCAAUGGGCCGAUAUGGCUACGGCAAGCUCCGACGACCCCGCUCGCGCAAGAGGAUGACGGUUGAGAUGAAGGAGCCAUUUGUCUGGCCCGAGGAGCCGGCGGAUAUGGAGAAGUGGGAGAAGGACCAGUUCUACAAGGCGGCGAAGUACCAAAAUAAGGUCUCGAAGGCGAUGCAGCCAGAUGCCGGUCAGAAGGCGGAUACCGACGCGCGGGAGGAGUACGAGAAGGCGGCGCAGGAUAUACUCUCUGGGAAGAAGACAUGGAGGCCUACGUGGCAGGCUCUGGGGUUGAAUUAUGAUCGGUCGGCGUUUUCGAGGGGCGCGGGGAAGGGUUCUGCUGAGAGCUCAUGA